CCGCCCCCGGACGCCGGCCGCGGAGGCCCCGCCCUCCCCGCGCUCAUUGCGUCCUUCCGGCUCCGUGGUGGAAGUCGUCCUGCGCCGCGUCUUCCUGGAGAAGAAGGUGCUCAGAGGGACGAUCGAGGUGCCGGAUGUGAAGAGCGGGAGCGUGGAGACUCGGAUCCCGAGGACGCGUUUCCAUUGGUGACAUCUUGGCGGGCCCAUCGGUGGCACUUCCUCCUUUACACCCCGUGACCCACGUCCGGCCCGCCGCCCUCAGUCACGCGGCCUCUGCCUCCGGGACGCAGCCCCGCGCGCCGGCCUUCCGGACUCCGGACCCGUCGUGGUUAAUAACAAAAGGAGACGCACCUGGACUUUCCCCGGAGCCGUCUGCGUUUUUAAGCGUCGGGUGGAAUUAGGGGUCCUUUGGCUCUAAACCGCGCUUGUUUGAUGAAAAUAGAAAUCAGUCCUGCUCCCCUCAGCGGACAGUUCGUUACCUACAAGGAGUGUCUCCGACUGUGGGCAUCCCCUCCCCGGGUGGUUCUUUAAGCCACAAAAAGCUGCACCCAAGCUUGUUUGACGUCUAUCCUCUCAAGUGUCCAUGAUGCUGGGCCCCGAGGGAGGUGAAGGCUUUGUGGUCAAGCUCCGUGGCCUGCCCUGGUCCUGCUCUGUUGAGGAUGUGCAGAAUUUCCUUUCUGACUGCACAAUUCAUGAUGGGGCUGCAGGCGUUCAUUUCAUCUACACUAGAGAAGGCAGGCAGAGUGGUGAGGCUUUUGUUGAACUUGAAUCAGAAGAUGAUGUAAAAAUGGCCCUUAAAAAAGACAGGGAAAGCAUGGGACACCGGUACAUUGAGGUGUUCAAGUCCCACAGAACCGAGAUGGAUUGGGUGUUGAAGCACAGUGGUCCAAACAGUGCCGACACCGCCAAUGAUGGCUUCGUGCGGCUUCGAGGACUCCCAUUUGGAUGCACCAAGGAAGAAAUUGUUCAGUUCUUCUCAGGGUUGGAAAUUGUGCCAAACGGGAUCACCUUGCCUGUGGACCCCGAGGGCAAGAUAACAGGGGAAGCCUUUGUGCAGUUUGCCUCACAGGAGUUAGCUGAGAAGGCCCUAGGGAAGCACAAGGAGAGAAUAGGGCACAGGUAUAUUGAAGUGUUUAAGAGCAGUCAGGAAGAAGUUAGGUCAUACUCAGAUCCCCCUCUGAAGUUCAUGUCUGUACAGCGGCCGGGGCCCUAUGACCGCCCCGGCACAGCCAGGAGGUAUAUUGGUAUUGUCAAGCAAGCAGGCCUGGAGAGGAUGAGGUCUGGUGCAUAUAGUGCAGGCUAUGGGGGCUAUGAGGAGUACAGCGGCCUCAGCGAUGGCUACGGCUUCACCACCGAUCUGUUUGGGAGAGACCUCAGUUACUGUCUCUCAGGCAUGUAUGACCACAGAUACGGCGACGGCGAGUUCACUGUCCAGAGUACCACUGGGCACUGCGUCCACAUGAGAGGGCUGCCAUACAAAGCCACAGAGAACGACAUUUACAACUUCUUCUCUCCACUCAACCCUGUGAGAGUCCAUAUUGAGAUUGGCCCUGAUGGAAGAGUGACGGGCGAAGCGGAUGUUGAGUUUGCCACUCAUGAAGAAGCUGUGGCAGCUAUGUCCAAAGACCGGGCCAACAUGCAGCACAGAUACAUAGAACUUUUCCUGAAUUCCACAACUGGGGCCAGCAAUGGGGCAUAUAGCAGCCAGAUGAUGCAAGGCAUGGGGGUGUCGGCCCAGUCCACUUACAGUGGCCUCGAGAGCCAGUCUGUGAGCGGCUGUUACGGGGCUGGCUAUGGAGGCCAGAACAGCAUGGGUGGAUAUGACUAGUUUUGUAGGAGCAUUUGAGUUAUUGCAAUCAAAUUUUCACAGGCAGCCAACAAGCAGUGAAAAGCAAUUAUUACUCUAGAGGAAGCUGUGGGACCCAUUUUGCACCAUGAGUUUGUGAAAUCUGGAUUAAAAAAUUACCUCUUCA